AAUUAGCUGUCGGCUUCUAGAGGUCAACUUGCUCAUCGAAAGGUCAGCGGUUGUCGCAAAAUGGCGGAUAAGGAAUGAGAAUUUUGUACGGACAAUCGAAAAUGUUUUGAAGUUUAUUCCACUACUCAUCCACCACUGUUCGCAGUUUUAGCACUGGAAAAUAUCCUGACACCAUGAAGGAUAGAAAAAGGCGAAGCAAAGGAAGAACUUGGGUCGAGGCAGCGCGCAUGGUUCUUGAGAAGCAUCCAAAGACUCCUAUGAGCUACAAGGAGAUUCUUCGUGAUAUCCAGGAAUAUGCCCUUAAGGACAUCAAAAGUGGUACACAACCCCUUGCCUGCCUGAAUGCUAUGCUACACUCUGGGUCAAGGGGUAAGAACAGUGCUUUCUACAAGGUUGGUGGAUUGAUGGGAGUAUAUGGCUUAAAGACUGACCUGCCGAAGGAAGCUACAGCCAUGUUGGAGCUGCAGAGUGAAGAUGGAACAGAUGUGUUUCCCGUAGAGUCAUCUGAUGAUGAUAACGACGAUGAGACGGAUAGACCUUACGUUCCCAUCAAGAAAAGACCUGUAUGUGUUCUGCCAGAGAGGGGGCACUUUGCUAUUCCAUCUAUCGAGCGUUUCAAGCGAGACAGUGGAUUGGAGGCAGCCAGUGGUAGCGGCACAACCAACGGCCAGGCAGUCUCAAGGCUAGACACUGAUGAGUUAGAUGACGAUGACGCUAAUCAACAAAUCUUUAGGGUUCAAAGCCCAACGUCGUCAUCGUCGUCAUCGCAUCGACAUCGACGGAAGCAAACCAUCAUCCCCCGUAUUAUCCUCAAACCGCUGAAACCACCUGAUAAAGCCGAUGGGACUUAUUUUCUACCAGAUCCUUCCCAAAGUAUCAACACAGAUGAAGUAGAUAGUGCCAAACCAAGUCCUGAUGUUGAUCAUAGAAAUCAUAUGCUACCAAGAUCACAGACUAUUAGUGAGAUAUUAGCCUCCCUUCCAGGCUUCAGUGGAAAGCCACGGCGGAGGCACAAGAAAAACAAGAAAUAUGGCUCAUCACCUUUUCCAGACUUUAGGAGAAAGUCUCAAGUUGACCUAGAAACCCCCAACUCUGUUCUUGCCAAUGUAAAUUUAAAGAAUCUGAUUAACAAGCACACAUUUACUAGCCUUCCUGCUCAUCACCAACACAAACUCCUUAAGAUGCUCCCUAACAACGAUAGACAUAAAGGACCUGAUAAUUGUCUGAGAUUGGGAGGUACGGCCCUGGAUAAUGAAUUCUUUGCGAGGGCGUGUACAAAGUGGCGUGAACGUCUUGCCAGCGGAGAAUUCACACCCGAAUCACAAGCCAAGCUGAAGGCUGAGCUGGACAAGGAGAGGGCCAAGUUAGAUCCUUGGAAGACAAAGCACUUUGAACCAGUGUGGGGUCAGUCAUCUGUACCUGAACUUCAGUCCAAGUAUUCAAGUUCUUCAAAGGCUACGAAGACACCUCCAAAGAUACAUAAAGCGUCAUCCUCCUCCACUUCAGUCUCGUCAUCGUCGUCAACGUCUGUGUCAAGUUCGACUAAAGCUUCACCAACCAAGCCUCAGAAGCAUGUUGUUAAUCACAGAGUGCAAGAACCACCGGCGAAGAUCAUCCUCAAGAUCUCUGUACCCAAAGAUGGUGUUGCAGGAGGGGUGUCCAUCCUGAAGAAAUCGUCAAAGACUAUAAGUAAGGAGAGGAGUUCAAGCAGUAGCAGCAGUAGUGAAAUAAGCAGCAGCAGUUCAUCUUCACAGAAAGCCAAAUCAUCUAUAUUGACGAGUAUUGGGACUGCAAGCCCUGCUCAGUAUUCAUGCAGCACUUUGCUUUCAACAAUGGCUGCUGCAAGUCAGAGGCAUCAGGCUGCAGCAGGAGGAACCAAGGUGGGUGAAGUCAAGAGAUCUGCUCAGCUGAUACCACCUGACUUGUCUGUCAAACGUCCAUCAGAUUCAGAAGAGUCACCCGAGAAGAGACAAAGAGUCGACUCUGAUGCUUCAUCAAGCGGUGUUUCUAAGACUAGGACUCUGGCUCAGAUCAAGAGCCAAGCACAACUCAAACCGGUCCAGUCUCAAACGAGAACCCUGGCACAGAUCAAAGCUCAGAUGGCCGCCAGGGCUCAUCAAGGACAAACGCGGACACUUGCGCAGAUUAAAGCACAAACUUCUGCCAAGGUACAUGCUAGGUUGGUGCCUGGGAAUGCGCAAGGUGCUGCAAGACCCUCAGUACACUCGCCAGCCAUCUUGGGUAGACCACGUGCCACAUCGCACAACUGGAUGAAUCUCAAAUCCAUUGUGCCUAGCAAUGCUACUUCCGUUACUGGAGGUGGUGCUAGGAUGCAUUUAGAAGGACUACACGGUGAUUCUAAGAGUGGUUCUCCAAAUAAAGUCUUGACGGUCACAGUUUCAAACUCCACCCCUGGCCAACCUGUGAUACAGACAGUCAAACCCAUCAUCAUAAAGACUCAGCCAGGUUUGAGUGUUGUCUUAGUCUCUCAAUCCAGUAUGAGUAUACUACCUAGCAAUGCCUCUAGAGUAGUCCAAGGAAAUAGUCAAAAAUCCAGUCUAAAGACCACAAACUCUGUAGCAACACUUGUUUCAAGCAAAGUAAGCAAUAAUUCAAAGACAGUGGCGUAUAUAACGCUACCAUCCAGCAAAGCUGUAGCCAGUGUCACCCCGCCCAGUACGGUCACAAGUGGUUCAUCGAACGCAUCUCAAGGGAACCAGAGCUCUGCUCCAAGCGCUGGCAAGGUGACGCAAAUAUCAUCUGCAAGCUCUGAAAACAGGACUGUCAAUCUAGUGCAUGGAAAGGUGAGCAUAGCGAAUGGCGCCAUACACACGUCCACCGUUCAGCUUCCCGGCAAGGAUGCUGGGUCGACGCACAGUCAACCCACGGUGGCCAAGGUGGUCCCGCUUUCCAACAACAACUCAUCCAUUCAGAACACCGUCUGUUCCUGUCAGAGUUCUGUAGUCAUGUCCAGUCCGAUUACGAGUAAGAGUGGUCUGCUGCCCUCUGGUGGCAAGGAUAGUCCAGAAGGCACCGCUACUACUCUGGCAGGCAAAUGCACCUGUCGUUUGAAAGCUAUGGUUAUGUGUAAAGGUUGUGGAGCAUUCUGUCAUAAUGACUGUAUAGGUCCUUCUAAUCUAUGUGUUUCCUGUCUAAUAAGGUAAUAUAAUAGGUAUUUAUAUAUAUAAGCCUGUAUUCUGGACUCCAGAUUAACUUCACCCAUUGCUUACGGGAACUGGGUGGUCCCUGUUUAAACCUAUGGGAUUCAAAGAAUUUCGGAGGCAACGGGCUAAAACCAUGAUCUAAAGUUGUGGCUGGACUAUAGGUAGCCAAAUGGGACAUGCAUGUUUAUUACUAGGUGAUCAAUUUAUCAUCAAUUUUUGCAAUAUAAUCAUGAAACCAAUUUUUAAAAAUAAUUACAAUUGAUUUCUUCAUAAUCAAACCAUGGGAAGAAUCCCAGUAAAUGGAAUAAGCAAGAGCGACUGGUGAUCCUUUAUUGUGGUAAGUGGUAUGCACCAAAAUGUUCAUUAACAAUGGUUUAGCGCGUAAGGAAGGUUCACCAGUCAUUCUUAAAGUCACUCUCAACUUGAUACAAACAGCUUAUGAAACGACCCCUGGACACACACUUAUUAGCUUCCCAUAAUUGUAACCCUGACUUAAACCAUGAUUGAGUUAAGCUGGGGUUCAAAAUACAGGCCAUUACAUGUACGUCUAGCAAUUUGUGCAUUGUGUAAACUGGGUUUUCGUCUUUUCACACAUAGAAUGAGCCUUAGCUCUGAGUUUGCAGGAAAAUCAGGGUUGGAUGGUAGCAACAUGCCUUGGUAUUAUAAAUUAGAUACAUGUCCAUGUAUUCUGUCUGGAUGUUUAAUCUUUGCUUGAUAUGUGUCCAUUUAAAAAUGUGACUUCUCCCCCCCUCCCCAAGAUGAAUCAUUGUUCCCAAUCCGAAUUGUCAGUUUGAAUUAUCAUUAUCCAAAUAUCACAUGCAUUUUAUUUAACUUACAUAGUAUGAUAAUUUUUGAAAGAAAGUAUUUUUUUUUUAGUUUGUCCAAAUUAUGAGCUGUAAUUCUCACAGAGAAUCGAUUUCAGAUGCAUUCCAUUUACUACAUGGAUACAUGAUUUUUUUUAAAAAUCAGGUUCAGUUUGUCCCUAGGUAUAAGCUGUAAUUAUUGCAGAGAAUCAAUGUCAGAUGAAUUCUAUUUACAAUACAUGAUGAUUUAAAAAAGGUAUAAGCUGAUAUUAUGACAGAGAAUUAACUAUAGACCCAGUCAGCAAUCUUUGAGCAUAGAUUACACUCGAUUUAGACUCGAGCCAGAACAAAGGAAAUGGUCCGGUGAAUCCAUUGUUCUGCUAUUGUUCUGGGCCCGAGUGUAGAUUCAAGUGUAAUUACGCUCAAAGAUUGCUGACUGCCACCGUACAGGCGACCUGUCUUAUCCGGACACCUUGGGACCAGCACCAAUCCGGAUAAGGGAUUUAUCCGAAUCUGGGAGACCCAAUAAUAUUAAAUACAUGCAGUUGCCUCCUCUAUGGUAGCUACAUGUAAUCUAUUGUAGUACAAUGGGCGUAGAGUCUACACAGACCGUAUUCACUGCAGUCUUAGUGCAAAGUAAUUUUUUUUGCAGAAAUGAAAUCUUUUUACCAAAACUCUUGGAUUUACCUGCAGAAAUGAUUGAGGUAUACAUCGAGCAUACCUCGAAAGAAGUUUUAAAAUUGGAUCAUCGCGGCGAGCAUUGCAGCUUUGCAAAGUCAGCCAUUGUUAUGAUUGUAGGCUCAAACAUGAUAGAUAGCGCUGUACGGAUGUCCGUAAUGGAGGCCUAGCGCUCGCUAGUGAGACGUGUUGUUUUUUCCCGGAAAAAGAGAGAACGUGAUGAAAUGGUUGCGAUGUGCCCUGAUUUACUGGAAAAUCAGCCUGUCUGAUUAAUUUUUUUCGGUGAUUUGGGUAUUGAUAUUUUCAUUGAAAAUAAUUUUGUUGUAGGUAGACUAUAUUGGAAAAUGUAUGUAAAAUAAUGUAAUCAAAGUGAGUCAGCAUAGGAAUUUUGAGUUAAGAUUGAAAUCGCAUUUCCCCCAUGUACUAGAUUGAAAAAAAAAAAUCUCAGCAAGUUUGCAUCCAGAUAAGGGGAGGCCGGAUAAGAGAGGUCGGACUGUACUUCUAAUUAAGUCAUUACAUUCGCGAGUUCAAAAUCAGCAUCAGAAAAUAAGAAAUCUUACUUCUGUAUAUUGCCAUUAGUGCAUUUGAAAA